CCCCGCGCCCGCGCCGCGCUCCGCCUCUGGCUGGGCUGCGUCUGCUUUGCGCUGGUGCAGGCGGAAAGUCCCUCGGCCCCAGUGAAUGUCACUGUCAGGCACCUCAAGGCCAACUCGGCGGUGGUGAGCUGGGAUGUCCUGGAGGACGAGGUUGUCAUCGGAUUUGCCAUCUCUCAGCAGAAGAAGGACGUGCGAAUGCUGCGUUUCAUCCAGGAAGUGAACACCACCACCCGCUCUUGUGCCCUCUGGGACUUGGAAGAGGACACUGAGUACAUUGUGCACGUGCAAGCCAUCUCCAUCCAGGGCCAGAGCCCGGCUAGCGAGCCAGUGCUCUUCAAGACCCCGCGUGAGGCUGAGAAGAUGGCCUCCAAGAACAAAGAUGAGGUGACCAUGAAGGAGAUGGGAAGGAAUCAACAGCUGCGAACAGGAGAGGUGCUCAUCAUCGUGGUGGUCCUGUUCAUGUGGGCGGGUGUCAUUGCCCUCUUCUGCCGCCAGUAUGACAUCAUCAAGGACAAUGAACCCAAUAACAACAAGGAAAAAGCCAAGAGUGCAUCAGAAACCAGCACACCAGAGCACCAGGGUGGGGGUCUUCUCCGCAGUAAGGUGAGGGCAGCAGGGUUUCCAAACAAGCCCUUGGUGAACACCAUCCAAGCGUGA